UUGAAGACGCGCCACUGUUUUGUUUUUCGAAGAUUCAACAUGGCAAUGCAUGCAAAAGCGACACCACCACAGAUUCCCGACACACGUCGGGAACUCUCGGAGCUGGUCAAGAGGAAACAAGAACUUGCGGAGACGUUGGUGAACUUGGAGAGACAGAUCUAUGCAUUUGAGGGCAGCUACUUGGAAGAUACCCAGAUGUAUGGGAACAUCAUCAGAGGAUGGGACAGAUAUCUCACCAACCAAAAAAAUUCCAACAGCAAGACGGACAGAAGAAACCGAAAGUUCAAGGAGGCAGAGCGUCUGUUCAGCAAGUCCUCCGUCACUUCUGUAGCAGCUGUCUGUGCACUCGGUGGGAUACCAGAUCACAUGAAUGAAAAGCAGAGCGACACGUCCCCAGACCUCCAGAACCAGGAGAAUGAGCCCAGUCAGGAGGACACCGAGGAUGCAGACGGGGCCCUGCAGGACCUCAAACCUCAGAAGGCUGUAUCCUCUUCCUCAGGCAGUCACCAUGGAAGCCACAAGAAGAGGAAGAACAAAAACAGACACAGCCCUUCUGCCAUGUUUGAUUAUGACUUUGAAUUUGACAUGAAAGUGAACAAAAAACCCAGAGUGGAUUAUUCAACUUGAUCAGGUGGCCAGACAGAAAAGGUCUACUGUGAAGCAGAGAGCCCCUCUGAACUUUAACUGUCUUUACGUACAUUGUGUACAUUGCAUGAAACAUUGCCUCUCACCUGCUAUCAGAAAUAUUUCUGUUUCAUGAUUUUCCUGCAGGCAAGGUGUGUUAUUGCAUGUUACUCAAGACGCAGGUGGGGGUUGGAUAACACACCUUAUUGUAUAGGGUUGAAAAUUCACUAUUUAUUAUGUAACUCCCACCAUUUUUCUCUCCUUGUAUCAAAAAGUUGUUUUACUUCGUAUUAGUCAUUGUGUAGUUUUGUAGCUCUAGAAUAUCCCAGCUUCUUUUUAAUAUUUUGUUUUAUUUUGAGAUUUGUUUUGCAUAAGAUUGUAAUAAAACCUUGAAAUUACAA